UCAACCGUACAAAAUAUUUCAGUUGGGAGUUCAGAGAAAAACCUGUAAACUCAAAACAAUUCUGAUCACUAAGCAGCUGCAAUUAUCUUACAUAAUCCCACAGUCAUGUGAUUCCUGCGUCGCAAUUGGCCCAGAUCCCGCAAAAUUCUCAAGAGCCGGGCAACCCAACCACUCAGCGCUCGGAACAAACAGUUUGCUGUCCACCUUCUGCCUCCUCCUCGACCUCUUUUCACCUCCCCACCCUCCUCGCAAUUCACAAUGAGCUCCGUUCUUGCUGCCCGUUCCCUGCGUAGUAUGUCUCUCUCUUGCUCUUUCUGUCUUUUAAAGUCUGCUUUUAUCGCCGCAGAGCCACGGAAUCUAACAGUGUCUGUACAGUUGCCGCGCGCUCCCCGGCUGCGUCGAUGCUCCGCGCACAGCGAUUCGCUCCCAUACUAGCAAACACCUAUGCCACCAAGCCCGAGCCCAAGGCUAAGGCCGCCUCGCUCAUUGCCUCCAUCCCUGACAGCAUCGUCUCCAAGACUGGUACCCUCGUCACCGGUACCGCCGCUGCCAUCUAUGCCAUCAGCAACGAGCUCUACGUUAUGGGAGACGAGACCACCAUCGUCGCCGUCUUCUCGGCCUUCAUCUACAUGAUUGCCAAGAUCGGUGCCCCCGCCUACACCGAGUGGGCUAACGGCUACAUCGCAAACAUGACCAACAUCCUCAACAAGUCCCGCGAGACCCACACCGAGGCUGUCAAGCAGCGCAUCGAGAGCGUCUCCCAGCUCAAGGACGUCGUCGAAACCACCAAGGUCUUGUUCGAGGUCUCCAAGGAGACCGCUCAGCUCGAGGCCAAGGCUUUCGAGCUCAAGCAGUCCGUCGACUUUGCCCAUGAGGCCAAGAGCGUUCUCGACUCGUGGGUCCGUUACGAGGCCUCGGUUCGUCAGCGUGAGCAGAAGCUCCUUGCUGAGUCUGUCAUCGCGAAGAUCCAGAAGGAGAUUAAGAACCCCAAGUUCCAGCAGCAGGUUCUUACCCAGAGCGUGGCUGAGAUUGAGAAAAUCUUUGCUCCUGCCAAGUAAGGGACAUACUACGACUUUUAUUUAUUAGAUUAUAUAUGUGUCGUGUAGACAGAGUCUGAAUAUAUUCAUUUUAUCCACUGA